AUGUUUUACACUCAACUGUUGUCCAAACGAGGCCCAUUGGCCAAAAUCUGGCUGGCAGCUCACUGGGAGAGGAAGCUCACCAAGGCCAACGUGUUUGAAUGUAACCUGGAGACCACCAUCAGAGACAUCAUAUCACCAAAGAUGAAAAUUGGUUUGAGGACAUCUGGUCAUCUGCUCCUCGGUGUGGUCAGAAUCUACUCAAAAAAAGCAAAUUACCUCCUGACAGACUGCAACAAUGCCCUGGUCAAAAUUAAAGUGACAUUCAGGCCAGGACAGACCGAUUUGCCUCAAGAGGGACUUGAGGCAGCAACUAAAGCUAUUACCUUAGUGGAAGGUUUCAGCACUUUUGAUGACGAGUUGCCACACCCCAGCGACAUCGACAUUGCUGAUCACUUUUCACUGAACCAGAGUCGAUCAGAGGAAAUUACUCUGAAAGAGGAUUUUGAAAACAACCUUUUGACCUUCACACGUUUUGGAGAAGAGCCUCAAGGCUACACAAGCAAUCUGCUGGACACGAGCUUACAGAGCCUCACUCAACACGGAGAUAGGUUUGGAGAUGAGGACAGAGUUUUGGAUCUUCUUGACAUUCCAGACCAUAUGGACGUGCAGACGACCACAAUCAAUGAGACGACGCUGCUCUCCAAUGACGGGGAGGCCUUUGCUCUCGAACCUGUCGCCGUCACUCCGAACUCGGAGAGAAAGCGAGGCAGGAGACGACGUAAGCUGGUGGUGGACGACACUAAAGAGCUGAGUGACGACUUCAUCCGAGGGCAGCUGAACGACUACUCAGACCUGCUCACGCCGUUGGACCUGGCUCCGCCCACCGUGCAGCUCAUGCAGUGGAAGGAGAAUGGAGGGGCAGACAAGCUCUUCUCACAGCCGUGCUCGGCCAUCGUGAGCCCACAGAUAAACGAGCUCUUUGCCCACAGUGUCCUUCAGAUGAAAUCCCACAGCGUGUGUGGAGAGGUGGAAGAGAUGCGUCCAGAAGUGCAGAGAAGUUUGAGUUCCUUCAAUGCGAACAACAUCAGUGAAGUGUCUUCUGUCAACCCUGAGAAGUCCCACGUGACCGAGCCCACAGUCCUCGAUUACACCGACAGCCACCGCGAGGACGGCGCCUGGCUUGAGCAGCAGGCCGAGCCCAGUUCAGAGGUGUCUCUCCCACCGCCUCCAUCUGAGGACUCCGUGUUCGUCCAUCCAUCAUUCAUGAAUCAGGACAGCCAGUCCACUUCGCUUCACACCCAGUCUCUGCUGAACAGCCAGGACUUUGAAGAGAGGAGAGUCACCAGGCGAGCACAGAAGCUGCUGGCUGCUCUCAAACAGAUCCAGAGCGACGGUGAGUCCGCCUUCAGCCUCAAGGCUCUCUGCAGAGGAUGCACUCGCUCUCAGGCCGCGAACAUGUUCGCCUGCUUUAUCCUGCUGAAGAAACGACAAGCUCUCCGGCUGCACCAGAGCGCGCCGUACAAAGACAUCCUGGCCACGCCUGGACCCGCUUUCCAUGAAUAA